AUGAUGCUGGAACGGGAAAUACUUGAAAUUGUGCCAGGAAGACAUCAAAAACUAGAAGAUUUGGAAGGUUGUUCAAAUGUGCCUAAUACAUUUAUUAUUGCGCAUCGCGAGGAAAUAUUUUCUCUUAUCAAUAAAAUACCUAAUUUUGUCAAUUUGGCUGCGGAAAUGGAAAAGAAUACUGAAAGAUUUCAGUUUUUAUUGGAUUUAUAUCAGGAACAACCCACAUUACUUGAUUCUUGUUUGGGCACAAUGAUUCAAAAGCUUCUUUACUACGUGAAACUUCUCGAAGACGGACAAACGAGAUUUGAUCAAGCAUCAUGUAUCGCGUUUAGUUUUAUGUCUCAUAUUGCGAAAGUUCGUGGCUACAAGGCUUUUUUAUCUUUUUUGCCUCAUGAGGUAUUUUAUCUGGAAAAAGUAUUAAAUUCCUUAGAACGUUAUGCCCAUUCCACUGCUCGUGAUGUUUGUUACAUAUUACUAUUGUGGAUGAUCAUAUUAUGUAAGAAUCCAUUUGAUUUAAGUCGAUUUGAUGUUACUGCAAAAGGAAAUCGGAAUACUAUUCACCGUAUUAUUGAUGUUGCUACUCCUUAUCUUUAUCAAAACAUAAAUAAAUGCCAGAGAGCAGCUGCAUUGCUAUUAGCUUCUAUUCUCACACGUGAAGAAGCGCGCCAGUCGUUAUUACCCUCUGCAGUCAUUUCUUGCGUUGAAGUACUUGCUGGUUGUUCUGAAAGAAAAUCGACCGAUACAGUUUUCACCGGCAGUCUCUUUUUUUUAGCUGCUUUAUUUAAGAAGGGAAGACGCGAAGAUCUAAUAGCCUUGGCGAAACCUGUGCUCGAUUUGAUGAAUCGUAUUUCAUCAUUGGCUGAUACAGACAUAAUCGUAAAGAAAUUGUCGAUAAAACUUAUCCAGCGCUUAGGCAUGGUUUUCUUGAAACCAAAGGUGGCUUCAUGGAGAUAUGAACGUGGCAAUCGUUUAUUGACACUUAAUGAAAAAUCUGCCACAAUUAAUGAGCUUCAUUCCAACCACGCUUCAUUUUUAUCUUCAAAAGAAAUAUUGGAAAAGAGUGCUACAUCUCAUAUUGUUGAUUAUUACAUCCCACAGGAAGAACUGGAAAUUGUGCUGAAUUGGAUCUUACAAGCUUUAAGUGAUCGCGAUACUGAAGUUAGAUGGACAGGUGCCAAGGGUAUUGGCAGAGUGGUAUCUAGGUUGCCGAGAGGUCUUGCCGAAGAUGUUCUUUUUUCUAUUUUCAGUAAUAAUUUCAAUUCAAAUGCCGGGAUGGCGGCAUGGCAUGGUGGAUGUCUCGCAAUCGCUGAAUUGUCGAAACGUGGUUUUUUGAUGGUUGAACGACUGGGUAAUGUUCUUCAGAUUAUUUUGCAAGCUUUGGUGUUUGAAGAACCACAGGGAGGACAUGCUCUUGGUGCUAAUGUAAGAGAUGCAGCAUGUUACAUUUGCUGGGCGCUAGCGCGGACUUUUCGGCCUUCGGAUUUAGCUCCAUACGUAGACCAGAUAGCUGUUUGUCUUACUUGCGUUGCUAUAUUCGACCGUGAAAUUAAUGUUCGCAGGGCAGCAAGUGCAGCCUUUCAAGAGAUUGUUGGUCGCCAAGGUUGCUUUCCUAGUGGAAUAGAUAUUCUUACAAAAAUGGAUUAUCAUGGUGUUGGAUCACGUCAACAUGCAUAUCUUAAUAUAUCAUUUGAAGUGUCAAAAAAUCCGUUAUAUGCAAAAGCAUUGAUCGAACAUCUAAUAAAUUACAAGAUUGGCCAUUGGGACGAAGAAAUUCGUUUUCUUGCAGCUGAGGCCUUACGCCGAUUAUGUGUUGCAGAUCCAACUGUUGUUGCAAAUGCGAUUGAUCAUCAGAUAAGUUUUUUAAUGAACGACCAGGCACUUAUUAAAAGGCAAGGAGGGAUUUUAGCUGCAGCAGCUGCAAUAUCUGGAUUGUUUUCCAUUGGUUUUCCAAUAAAAGAUGAAUGGCUUAAUCUUGCCUUGCAAAUGUCGAGCAAUGUUAUGGGUUUCUUUGACAAACAGCGAAGAAUGAAUGGUACAUGCCUAAUUAAACGUGGAAUGAAUAAUUUCAUCCAUCAUCUUUCAGGCGUUCUACCUGUUGAUCGCAUUCCUGCAAAUGAAUGGUUUACCAUAUUGGAACAUAAUUUUGCUGAUGAAAAUGCCGUCAUACGGAAUGAAACUGCCAGUGCUGCAUCAAUCUUUUUUACUUACCUUACUUCAACGACAUAUUCAAGCUUUCUUAUUAACCGUAUUCGUCAUUUUUAUUUGACUGAGAUUAUGUGUGCAAGAAUGGAAUAUCAAAGAGAAGGAUUUGCGACACUCCUUGGUGUAUUGCCGUUGGAAAUAAUCAUGUCUAAUAUACACGGUGCCAUUCUCGCUUCUGAAAUUAUCGAUUCCUUAAUAAGCGUUAUUAAUUCUCGAACAAAUAUUGAUAUGGCAUGGGCUUACGGAAGGCGUGCUUGUGUUAUCGCAAUCACAAAUAUCAUGAAAAUUGUCGACAUAAAUUUAAUAAAGGAUCGUAGUCGUAUACUCGAUUGUAUUAUUAGAGCACUUGAUGAUUAUACCGUGGAUCACCGAGGUGAUGUGGGACGAGUACUCCGUGAAAGUUCUAUGCUUGCUUUUAUAACCAUUUUGCCCAUCAUGCAGCAAUUUCCAGAGCUAUCUUCUCUUAUAGAUCUUGCCAUUUGUAAAAUUGUUCAGCAAUCUUGUGAAAAAAUCGAUGCCAUUCGUCAGUGUGCUGCCCAUGUUAUAAACGAAUUGCUAACAAUUAAUUUACAAUAUAUUAUGGAAAAAGAAACGUUAAUGAUGGUAUAUUCGAAUACGGAAUCCGUUGUCGGCUUUAAAAAUGAUUGGGAAGAUAGCGAUUGGCGAAGAUCAGUGUGCUUCAAACGACUCGCAUUUCUUAUAAACAGUCCACAUUAUAGAUAUUAUGCUCUUCGUGGUUUCGUAAUUUCUGCAGGUGGGCUUACUGAAUCAACUAAGCGUGGUGCGAUAGAUGCUCUUCUUUCGACAAUUAGUGGUUUCUGCAGUUCGAUAGAGGAACUGGAAAGUUUCCUUGACUGUUUAAAAAAAAUUUUCGCUGAGAACCUUGGAGUUUCUCGAAUUACUAUGAGCCUACUUUGUACAUUGGAACAAAUAUUUGCUGAUCAGCUGCUUUCUGUUUUUGAAUUUGAUCCGGAUUCAUCUCCGGCUUUACGUAAAAUAAUUGAAUUAGUUAUUACGGAGAUGUCGAUGAAAGGAUCUCCACAAAAAAUGAAAAUUUGUUUAACAGUUCUUUCUCAUUUGCUUCAUUUCAAUUCAAAUAGCUUAGUUUGGAAAAAGGCAGCUUCUGUGAUUAUUCGCACUUUACAUUCUCCUCUUCCAACCCUUCGUGGUACUGCUGCUGAAUUGCUUUAUGAAUACUUGGCUUCAAAAAUUGAAACGAGCAGUGAGGAAAAUCAUUCAAGAUUAAUGAAUAUGCUUGCUGACACAAAGUGGCAUGCCAAAGAUUCUGAACAUUUCUUCGUUGAUGCUAGUCAAAAAAUUGCAUCAAUGAUGAAUGUGCCACCAGUCAAAAAAAAGCGUGAAGGUAUUUCGAAUGAUUCUACCGUUGCCAACAAUGCCAACGAUAUCUUAGCAGCAUUAGAAAACGAUUCUUCUCAUGCUGUAGUUGUUGAUGAAGCUACCGUAAAGCGAUUAGUUCUUCAGUUAGAAAAACGAUGCUUAAAGAAUCGCGAAAUGCGAAUAAAAUAUGUUGAAGAACCAGCGAAAUUUAUGGAUAGUGAAGUUGAUUUAAAUGAAGCAGUACAGGAAAUGCAUAUUCUUGCGACUCAGCCUGAUUUAUGCAAAUUUGCUGUGGAAUCUGGUUUAGCCGUUACUCUGCUGCAGUUAUUGGCGCACGAGAAUUCUGAUAUUAUUUCUGCAACUAUAAAUUUACUUCAAGAACUGGUAGAUAUAAAUGAUUCAGAAAGCGAAGAUAAUAACAAUGUUGCUAGUUUGAUCGAUGCAUUAACCAGCGGUCAACUUAUUGAAACUCUCGUUCAGCAAAGUAUUGAGCGUCUUGAUGAAAGUGUUCGUGAUGAAGCAGAUGCAAUACAUAACGCCCUUUCAGUCGUUGAAGCGGUAUUAGACUACAAUCCCGAUUAUGCUGAUAAGUGUGUAGAACAAGGUUUGUUUACGUGGCUUUUACGUCGCGGUACGCAAAGGAGUACUUUGGAUGCAAACAAGAUGUACGCUAGUGAAUUAUUGGCUGUUUUACUUCAAACUUCAGAAUUGGCACAGAAAAGGUUGACCGAAAAAAUUGACGGUUUCGACCUGUUACUUAGAGCACUUGCUACUUAUAAAAGGCAUGAUCCAGCAAGCGCCGAUGAAAGAGAACAUAUGGAAAAUCUUUUUGAUGCAGUCUGUGCUGCUUUAAUGUACUCACCAAAUCGCCAAAAGUUCCUUGAUGGUGAAGGGCUGCAAUUAAUGAAUCUUAUGUUAAGGGAACGAAAGCAAUCUAGAGAAAGUGCGCUAAAAGUAUUGGAUUAUGCAAUGAAUGGUGCCGAGGGAAAAGAAAAUUGUGCAAAAUUUAUUGAAAUUUUAGGAUUACGAACGUUAUUCCCGCUUUUCAUGCGCACACCGACUAAAGAGCGUCGUAAAGAUACAACUCCUCUUGAACAUGAAGAACAUGUUUGUUCGAUAUUGGCAUCGCUGCUUCGUUCAUGUGGAGAAGAUGGUCGCAGUCGAGUGUUAAUGAAAUUCGCUGAGCACGAAUAUGAGAAAGUGGAUCGUGCAGUUGAACUCGUUCUUAAAUAUCGUGAACGUGUCGAUCGUUUUGAUGCUCGUAAAGCUCAAUCAAAUUCUGAAGAAGAUUCGAAUAAUUUAUAUUUGGAUCGACUUGAUGCUGGUUUAUAUACAUUACAACGAAUCGUUCUUGUACUUGCUGACGUUUCUGUGAAUGGUUCUAGUUCCUGCCGAAAUAGAGCAAUUAAGUUAUUUCAGAUGCGAACAGGCAACGGAAAACUUAGUCGUCAUUUAAUUCCCGUCUUAGAAGAAUAUGAAACAAAUUUGGCUGCUGAAGCAGACGUCGAAAAAAAACGUACACGCUUGCUGAUCGCAAGAUUAAGUAAUCUAGAAAAGAAUCGGUAA